AUGCCAACCAACGAAACUCAACCCCAACCCCUCUCAAUCCGCCUCCUCUACGGCUCAGCGCUCGCAGUGCAGUCCUUCGACUCUUUCGCCUUCUACACAAUCUCUCCACUCCUCUUCCCUAACCGCUCCGACGUCAGCCACCCCGCAACGCGCUUCUUCGUCCGCCAGAAUGCGACCCUCCUGUUCCCGUAUAUCCUGAGUUGCUGGUUCCUCCGCGACUAUCAUAUCCGGCACACCAAAGUCGGCCGUGCAGUGGGUAGAUGCUUUGCCCUGUUUCAUGCGAGUGCGUUGGCUAUGUAUAGCUGGAGUCGAUGGGUCGGAGGGGAGUAUGCGAUCGAGCCCUUUGGUGUGAUUGCGGGUGCGCAUGCUGUGUGGGCGAUUUGGGCGGUCUGGGGGUUGCUUGCUGCUUAG